AUAUUAAAGGGGGGAAAUUUAAAUUGCCCACUGUCGACAUGCCAUCAUUGGAUCUCUCACUACCCAAAAUGAAGUCUCCAGAUGUUGAUGUCACUCUUGAGGGUCCUGAUGUCAAGGGAGGGAACAUCAAAAUUCCAUCUGUUGAUGUUUCACUUCCUAAAGGAAAGGUUGAAGGCAGCCUUGAUGUCGAGGGCCCUGAGAUGAAAGGGGGCAAAUUCAAAAUGCCAAAAUUUGAUGUUUCUUUGCCUAAAGUCAGUCUCCCAGAAGGUGGUGUAAAAAUAAAGGGCCCUGAUACUAAAGGUGGGACAUCUGAGAUACCCGAAAUUGAUAUUUCACUCCCUAAAGCAAAAGCACACGGAGAAAUUGACGGGCAUGCUGAAAAGGGUGGAAGGUUUCAUAUGCCAUCUGUCUCUCUUCCUAAAAUCAAAGCAACGGGACCUCAAUUCAACAUAGAAGGUGCAUGUCCAGGGUUUGAGAUUUUCCUACCUGAAGGAAAAGCUGAAGUUGACCUCAACAUCGAAGGUCCUGGCAAUAAAGGACGCAAAUUCACAAUGCCCAAAGUUGAUAUUUCACUUCCAAAGAUGAACUUCCCAGAAGGUGAUAUCAAAGUGGAAGGACCCAACGUGAAGGGAGAAAAGGUUACAGUUCCAGAGGGUAAAGUAGAGGGAGAUAUCAAUAUUGAAGGACUCUCUGAAAAAGGAAGGUUUGAUAUCCCGAAGGUUGAAGUUGAUAAAAAAGGAGGUGGAUUCCAUAUGCCAACUCUUGACAUAAAUCUGCCCAAAUUUGACCUUGACCUCAGCCUGCCCUCUGGUGUAAAAGCUAAAGGCUUCAAAGUUGAUACUCUAAGUCCUGAUGCAUCUGGAGAUUUGGAGAUGUCUGGUCUUACAGGAGGCCUUAGUCCUGCCAAAUUGGAAGUUAAGAAUGAAGAUAUAGAGACAGGUGGUCUAGAAGGUCCAGGUGCAUCCCUAAAACUUCCCACAGUAAAACUACCAACAGUUGACAUCUCAGCUCCAAAGAUGGAUCUCAAUUUUGGCCUUACAAAACCCAAAGGUGAUGAUGUGGAAGUAGAACUUCUGAAAGCAGAAGGAGGGAGGCCUUCUUCAGGGGGCAGCUUUGAUCUACCUGUUUUCCUCAAAGUACCUAGUUUCACUCUUCCUAGGUUUGGGGGAAAGACAAAGAGCUGUAACUUGGAAAUACCAGUACCUAAGGGAGAUACUUCACUCAGUUCACCACAUGUAGAAGGAGAGAUCAGAGCACCGUCGGUGGAGUUUGAUGGAGGUGGAAAAGUCAAGGUGAAAAAACCUAAAAUCAAACUGCCCUCAUUUGGCAUGUCCAAGAAGGCUGCAGAUGUAUCAGUCUCUUGUCCUGAUGUUGAUGUUAAAGGGAAAAAGGGAAAAAUUGACAUUCAUCAACCAGAUAUCAAUGUUGACAACUCAGAUGACAUGUCAAAAUACAAAAUGAAAUUUCCCAAGUUAAAAAUAUCAUCACCCAAAAGUGAACUCCCAGAGGAAAAAGUUGAAGCAAAACUGGAUGCAGAUGUAGAGGCAAAAGGUGGCUUCCAUGCACCUGACGUCUCUUUAAAACUGCCAAAGUUUUCUAUCCCAGGCUUUGUCUCUAAAGAAAAAGACCUAGGUAAGCCAAGUGGUGACCUUGAAGCUAAAACCAAGGUCAAGAUGCCUUCUGUUGAGCUCUCGUUACCAGCAGCUAAAACACCAGAGACUGAGGUUCUUCUCCCAAAAGCAGAAGUUGAUGUUACAGAGAGCACAAAGGCCUAAAAUUAAAAGUCCCGACAAUAGAUAUCAAAGGUCCAAAAGGAGGCUUAGAACUUGAUACUGGACUUCACAAAGGGGAGGGCAAAAAGGACAGGAAAAAAGUUGAUCUACCUGACUUAGAUGUCACUACAGAAACCAGCAGCAAAGUAAAAGGGCCUAAAGUCAAAGGAACAAAAUUCAAGAUUGGAAUGCCAAAAAAGAAAAACGGUGGAGAAAGAUUUGAGUAUUUUGAAGUUGAAACCCAGAAUGGUCAUAAAGAUGACAAAAAUCGUGUUAACCAUCCAGUACCAGAAGUUACAUUACCAAGUGUAAGUCUAAAGACAGAAGUGAAAGGAGAGGGUGGCUCCUCAUCUCCACAUGCAGGAAUCAGAGUCCCCAAAAUACCAGACAUAGAGUUUGAUAUUGGCUCAUCUCAAGAUGGAGAUAACAGCAAAACAGAAAAAGGCAAGAAAAUCAAAAUCCCUAAGUUUGGCGUCCCAUUACCCUCCCUAUCCUCACCAGAGGAAAGUGUGAAUGUCCAUGGGCCAGAAAUUCAGUAUGAGGGCCCUAAAAUGCCUAAAGUAAAGAAAGCGGUUUUUGUCUUGGUAGACACUCCUCCAACAAAUGAGCCUGCUACAAGCACAAGUCCCUUAAAAGGGGAAGCAAUGGCUGAGGCUGAGACAGAGACUGUCAAAGUGAAGAUGCCCAAAAUCAAAAAGAAGCCAAGCUUUGGAAAGUCCAAAGAAAAGUCAGCUGCUGCAAGUGCAGAAAAAGAAGGGGCAGAAGAAGAAAAGUCAAAGGGGGGAAGAAUAAAGAUGCCUAAAGUGUCGUUUUCGUCUGGCAAAUCUGCAUCAUUUGGUGGUGACACUGACAAAAGAGAAGGUUCAAGUUCAAGUCUCAAUGGUGAAAGCCCUCACAAGUGCUCCAAGGAAGAGAAGGUGGCAUUCAGUGGUAAAAUCAAACUCCCAAAGGUGGAGUUCACCAGUCUAUAUGGGAAGACGGGUGCAAGAGGAGCAGACAUGGAAACAAGUGGGGAACUGGGAAAGCAUUCAUCACCAGAAGAAGUACAAUCAAGCACAAUGUUACCAGGGGGUUUCACUGAGGAGCCUUUGAAGGAUUUGGUGUCUUCUCGUGCCAGAACAGAAAUGCUGGACAGGGACAGCUCAGAGUCCCCUUCUGGUUUUGCCACAGAGUUCACCUCAACAAAGUUUCAAGCUUGGAGCAAGGUGGAGAGCAAAAGCAGGGAAUCAGAAGAGAGAGAGUCUUCCUCAUGGUUUAAGGUCCCAAAGGUCACCUUGAAGCCACAUGCCACAGGCUUCCUCCAGAUAACUCCAGAGAGUUCUCCUCAGGCCCAGCAGAAAGGUGAGGUAGGGGGUGAGGCAGAUGUCUCGGGGUCUUUCUGCCUCCACACCUCAGGGCUCGACUUCACCACCUCGCAAAUGACCGAAGAGCACCAAAUCUCUUCCUCCGAGGAGGGAACUGUCACCAUGGUGACAAAGACUACCAGAAUCACCCACCUGGCUGAAACACGAACAGACGAGUCUUCAACGACCACAGCAACAACAAAGACAACAACAGCAGCUCACCAGGUGUCAAAGUACUGAAGAUGCUGGAAUGGUAUCUUUAAUGUAUUUUACUUUUCUUGUUAUUGUUGUUUAGUUUUUUUGUGAGGUUGCCGUGUUAAUAUAAAGUAAACCUCUAAUAAAAGGACAAUUCAUCCCCAAAUUAGUGAUACAUUAGUUUUUUCUUCUGACCUGUAGUGCUGUUUAUCUACUGAACUUUUUUGAACUGAUUAUUUGUGGGCUCCACGCAUCAUUUCUCCAGCUAAUAUCGCCAAAACUGGGCAACUCUAACCAAAUCAAUUUAGAUGGAUAAAUAGUAACAUAGCCCAGAGGAACACCAUGUAUAUUAAUUUGGGGUUCAUCUGUGCCUUAACAAAAAAAAUUAUAUUAUAUUUUCAUAGAUGAUGUAUGAAUGUGAUGAACUACAAUAACAUUACAUCAAGCAGUAUUAUUGUCAUUAUUAUAGCUAAAGAUUACUAUAUAUUUCCUUCUCUCAUCUUACAUGUGACGACUUUUUUUGUUACGGUUUGUUAGUUUAGUCCAAAUUAUUUAUCCGAUUUUGUUUGGUUUUUAAAGGUUUCACUCUGAAUGUAAACAUGUCGGACUGCUUCAUUAUUUAUUUUUGUUUUGUGUUUGAAAUGCGCUGGAAAGAGUCUUUUACUCACAUCGACUUCAUGGUUCAUGAUUCAGUUCCAUGAUCAUUUAAAAAUAUUUCAUUAUGAACCAUCACAACGUAGGCCAGAGGAAUAUUUAUGUAAAUAAAAUAAUAUAAUUGCUUUUUUGAAGCUGUUUCCUUUUCAGUUCAAAAUGUAUUUUCAUAUUUACCAAAGCAUAAAUGAUAUUGUUUUGACCUGAAACAAUGUUUUGUUUAUCUUGAAGAAAAAGUGUGAACUUUCUGAGAUUAUGGGCUUUUUUUGCCACAGUUUUAUAUAUUAGCACAUUUAGCCUGUGCUUUUUUUUUUUUUUU